AAAAACUUGUGAACCUUCGAUGCAGCGUUUCGAGCGCUGCGUUUAGGUUUGAAACAGUUGGAUGGUGGAAUUCUGCAGUUGUAGAAAUCUUGUGGGUGAGUGUUGAAUAUGCUUGUGUGAAUAUUGAGGUUUAAGAAAUAUUCUUGUUUGGGUCCUUUCUUAUUUCGAAUUUAAAUCUCAUUAACUAUCAUGCCUUUUAAAACUAACGACUUCUCUUCAUUCUGCUGAAGCGAUAUCCCUAUUUUUUUAUAUAUUAUGUUAAGCUUACCAACUAACUGUUUUGAAAAUAAUUUUUAUAGAUUUUUUAUACUGCUGUUGAUUUGACGUCGCUCCAUGAAGAUUCAAUUAACCGACGACGAGUUCUGUACCAUGAGCAUUAUGAAGGCAUCAUACAUCUUUUUGGUAAUCUUGUGUAAUCUUAACUGAACUUAAAAGUUAACUUGUUUGUCUGAACGUUUUACCGUUAUUUGUGUGGUAAAGGGAGGAAGGAAAACAAUAAGAUAUAGUUAACGCAUAUUAUAUCGGGUGCUUAUCACCGCGGUUUAUCGUAAGCGGAAUCCAGGGGGGGGCUGGCAACGGCCUUUGAUCUUGCCGCUUUUCGGCUUUCCAUGAUCGCCCCAGUUAAGAAAUCUGUCAAUCAUCCGAAAACUGUAGCGAGCAUGCGCGGAACGGGUUGGGAAAACAAGUUCGUCUUCACAGCUUCUUCGCAGCGAUUCGGCAGUGUGAAGUGAAGUUGCUUUUGGUCCCGUUGGUCAUUGGUUUCUUCGUUUUGUUCCUCGGUAAUGUGGAGCUUACGUUUUCCUUUCUUCUGGUCUUGCGUUUGCCAUUAAAUGCGGCCCGGUUUACUACGGUAAGAACGAGACCAGUGAACAUGUUUCUCGAUGCCCGACCUUUUGAUGAUUUGUUUCUGUUUAGACGACCCACGAAUUGCAAGAGUAAAAGAAGGGCCAACCCUCCAAUACGUAUGUAGAAGAGUUUAUAUUUUCAAUCGAAAGGCCCAAAAUUAAUUCUUCGUGGUAUUAAAAAAAGUGCGGUGACUGGCAUGUGGUUGAGUAGAAGAGUUGUCAGAGUUCAGCUGAGAGUUGUUUACGGCUUCACUACACCUUUAAGACGACGAGAAAUGAUGAUUGAGAUUCUCAGUUCUACAUUCUUGAUUGUGAACUUAUCCUGGCAGAGUUGCGUUGGAUGAUUGAGUGGCAUGGCCAAAUCUCGUAGUUCAUGUAUUUCUUUAUGUACGAGAAGCUAAAUAAAUUUUGCCAACAGAUCAUUCUCUCUUGAUUUUGCGCAUGUUGAUAUGCUUAAGUUCUUUUCUUCGUGCGAUUUAAUUUAAACUUUACCGUGGCGGGUAGUUUCUAGCAAAUGAAUCUUAGGCAGAUGAAAGGGUAAUUAUCUUGUGUGUUUGGAAUUCUCUUUCCAUGACAGCAGUUACUACACUGCCUUCAGUUUGAGACCUAAUUUAAGUGUGUUUUGUUGCAAAAAAAGAGGGAAAAAUUAUAAAUUUUACAAACUACGCCACCCCUUGGAACAAGAUUAUGGUUGAAAAAAAGAUUAGCUAAGUUCAGAAAAUAAAUCUUCAAGUUUGCAUGUUUUGACAAGGACUACAUCUGGCUAAAUAUAUGCUUCCAAGUGAAUGUAUAAAGUCAGGAAAAUGGUGACAUUUCUAUUUUUGCCUUUCCUUUGGCCACGGUGAUCAGUUUUGGCCAUACAGUUGCAUGUAAUUUUUAUACUUUUGGACAUCAACCUGCCAGGUUAGUUUGUGUCUGUAUAAAAAUGUAGUGAAUGAAAUCAAACCCUCUCAACUUAAAAAUUACCUUGUACCAGUGGAUAUGCAAAACACCAAAGGAUGUCUUGGAAAAAAUGUAAAAUGACUAUUAAGAUAAUAUUAUUAAUUUUGUAGUCAACAAUAACAGUUAGAAACUUGUGUUGAGGCAGGGAAAAACAUUUUUCAGAGACCAUAGACCUUCACUGACUUUGCUGUUAAAACAAGUGGUAAAAGGGUAUUAAAAUGUGAGAUCACCUCCCUGGGCUUGCACUGAAAGAGAGAAUGGGUAGUAGGACACAUUGUUCAUUUCCCCCACCCUUUUUAUGCCAAGAGACCUGAUUUUAUAACCCUGAUUCACUUCAGUUAGCAUACAGAAUUAAGUUAGCUUUUAAACUUAGAAAGAUCGAAAAACUUGGGGAAAAAAUUGGUGGUACCAAAAAUGUAACUACAGACUGCUCUUCAUCAACCUUCACAGCCCCAACAGACACCCUGCUCAAAACUCAAAAGGGUGAAAUGGUCACCACCCUAAAUCAGCAGCACAUACCCAUCUAGGCCAAAUAAGCCCAGGGUAGUAUGUAGAAAGAACUGCUGAGGGGAUUGAGCUCAAGGGACAAUAACUUCUUUUGAUGGUUGAUAAAAAGUCAAUUUUACCUUGUUUAUUGUACUUGUAAAUCAGAUUCAUAACUUACACAAACAAUUGAAGUUGUACAUUUUUCAAGGUCCUUCUGAUUCUCUUUAUAAACUUUGUAAAACGUUCAAUUUUCUUUUUUCUGUUUCUUGUACUUCAGUCCAUGGAGGGAUUUCCUCAAUGUAAACUGAGCACACCCCUCUCUGAUGUACUCACUCUUAUUAGCAACUGGAUUAACCUCUUGUCCCCACACUCAGAUUCAAGUAUAAUUCAAAACUAUGGGGUAAUUGUUGUACAAACAAUUUCAAGGAAUUACUUAAAACCGAAGUCACUAAUAUAAAACUACUAAAUACGGUAUUGCUGUUGGAGCUAUUCAUUGAUUAUUACUCAAACGAUAUUCCAGUGAAGGUUUUGAAGAUUCAAUAAGCCCUUUCCUGCAGCCUUUUGAUAUUAAAAAUAGCUUAUACUGACAGACCCAGUAAAUGUGAGGCAAAGUGAUUGGGAGAUUUCACCUGGCUUUUACUAAAUUAGCCCUGUAUUCUGUAUUUACGCCCACAAAUAUUUGUUGUGGCUCCCGGUGUACAAACAAACUUACGAACAGCGAAGUACAAAAUUGGUUUAAUGAACAUUCCCAUAUGACUGUUGCAAGACUCACACUAAUAUAAUGAGCUCGUAGCAUAUGUUUAGGAUAAGGCAGAGAGUUCUUAAUACCACCGUACGUGAAAAAAUAUAUAAGAGAUGGAGCAGGCUGCCCUGAGGCUGGUCGCUCGAAAAUUCACGAAGCUUAUAAAUUGAACUGAACUUGCCAAGGUGCCGAAUCACGAUGAGCGAAGUCACUCAUGAACUGUUCAUACAUCACGCCUCCUGAUGUCCAAAGAUUUCAUGAAAAAAGUUCAUGAAAACCUUUUCUCGAUGUUUGGACGCCGUAAAACGUAAAACCGAGCGAAAACUCAUCAUCUUUCCAUGUCCGCAUACUCCGCAAUAUUUGUUUUGAAGGAAAAUUGGUACUUAGUCUCACUCGGCCAAAUUUCUUAACUGGGGCGAUCAUGUAAACUCGGUUCCAGACCUCGCUGCCAGCCCCCCCUGGCGGAAUCCAUUUCAAGUUUAUAAGCUUAAUAUCUAAAUUACUCCUCAACAGGUUGUUCAAUUUGCCGUGCGUGUUAACACAUACGAUACAAUAUUGUCGGUGGCGUGGUAACCUUUUAAUACUUAGCAUGUCUAUAAUUAAUGAUGGCGUUGUGCAAAAUAUCAGUGCUACCCUGUCCUUUUUUUCCUCUCAGAAAGUGCUUGCUCGACUAUUUUUGAAACAACAUCUAGCAGGAACUUAAAAUGGCGUAGGAUGUGAACGUUGACGUGCAGAAGUUUUUGCAUCCGAUUAUUCUAGAAUAAUGAAAUAAAGCGCAAUGACCGGGAUGCUCAUGAAAGCAAGGCGUAAAAAAUCGAUCGUUUUCCAGAAAUUAUUAAAUAAAGGACAGUUUGACUAUCGAAGUGUCGGUGCGACGUGCUCGGUGGCGCGCAAGUUCGUCUUCGCGGGAAAACAGAUCGUUUUCACCACGUUUCCCCCCCACUUCGCUCUCAUUUCCCCAUGCAAUCUAAUUCACCCGCUAAACAUGCCACACAAAGACAGCGAAUGAUUAUUAAAACAAUUUUAAAGAGUGUUUGAUGCGUAAAUGCGCAACUCUCUUGAAGCUCACAAAACACUGGUAAAGUAUCAGCUGCUGCGAGUUAAUUAGCUAUUCAAUUAAUUUUCACCCCUUUACGGUUGUAAGAGCAUGCUGGGUAAUGAAGACAAGAUGGUGAAAAAAUGAAAAGUUUGUAUGAGAAUACAAAGUCAUUUAAUUCUUGCUAAUUAAAUAUAUUUGUCACUUUCCCUUUGAAAAAAAUUUAACUAAUGAGCUUAAAAAAACUACACACUAAACAGGGGCAAGAAGUCGAAAACGGGCAUGAGCCCGCAAAUUGACCGCUGACUGUCUCUGAUUUCUGCCCAUGAAACAGAUUUUUCACAGAAAACAGUCAUUGGGUGCCCCUGACUAAAUCUGGAGUGCAUAGCAGUCCGUUGUUGCUUUUUAGAAAACCUUAGUUCUUCCAUACAUUUUCUGUAAUCUGACAACACAAAAAUUACAGAAAAAUUACGUCCAGUUGCCCCUGGGGCAACCACAAGACUUGGUUUGGUUGCCAAUGGAAUAUUUUGGUUGUCCAAGUCGACCUCUAAGCCCAGUUCAAUCCAAGAUAGUAUUAAAACACUGAGACAGCUCAAGUUAUUAACAGAGUUAAGCUAAUUAGUUUUUCACACCUCAAUAGUUUCAUGUUUUUUUUUAUCCAGUCAAAAAUCCCUUACAAAUGUGGAUUUAUCUUUGCAAAACCGUCUGCGAUAACUGUAAAACAUUGCAUUUUCUUUUGCAACAAAUUGCAGCCACAAUUGUGAAGUCCCUUGGAAGUAAUAUGCAAAAAGAAUGGUGUGUGUGAUGGAGACUCCCUCAUGCACGUUGUUCUUUCUUGUGCUCAUUACUAUGAAGUCCUUCACAACUUUUUUUAGCUUUCUAAUUCUUGCUCCUCUAAUCUGCUGUAGCUUCAUCUGUCUUCAUGGAUAAUUUCCAAAUCGAAGUACAUACAGGAGGCUUAACAUUUCGUAUUUUACAACUAAAAAAAUCAAACGGCUUUAGCGGGCAGAGAAAAACAUGGCAGUAAUACGGAGCACAUCUCACUGCUGUGCAUCAAGGACUAGGUUUACCUACAUGAACUGCUGGUUAAAGCACAUUAUUAACUACAGGCUCAUUCAUACCAAACGUUGAGUGUGGAGUCUAUUUUUUCCACAUUUGUUAACUAACUUUUAGGUUCCAUGAACCUUUCCAAGACAAAAAGCUGCAGCAUUAUUUAUGUCUGUUUAGGGACUAAUACCUCAGCAGAUUGGGUUUCCAAAUGGACAUUCACUCAGCACAAAUUUGUUACCCCAUUAAUACUUUUGGUUGUCAUGGACAACUGGACAACUGAUAAAAGCAAUUUUGCUGUCACGCCAGUAAAAUGUAGUUAAUGGAAUGUGACGCUAGUUAUCAGUAACCCUUUCAUGGUGGUUCCUUUUUCAAUAAAUUAAAGCAAUUGUCUAGUCAAGCUGCCAAGGUCAGCAAGCUCUAAGAUACAUUGUAUUCUAGUGUAGAUCUUUACGGCCUUGUUGUCUCUAGCAGGCAAGUAUGAUUCACAGCAUUGCCCAAAUUUUUCAAAGCACUAUUUAUGGCUAGGAGUUUGCAUGUGCAAUGCUGAGCUGUCUUGUAGUACAGCCUUUUCUAUUGGCUAUGCCAUCAGACGUUCGUCUUGCUAUUAAGCCCAGAACAACUGUUCAAAUCUCACUUAGGUUCUGUUGUUCAGCAAGGUUAGUGAUCAGUAUAUUAUUCUUGUAAUUUCAGACCUUGGGAAACCAAAUCAACUCAUGAAGGCUGCAAUUAUUGUUUUAUUUUUUGCUUAGUUGUGCUAAUUACCAAUCACUAAUAUUGGAAUAACAACAAUAUAUUAUUAUAAUCAUCUGUUUCACUGCAAAUUUUAUAGUUCUGGCACUCUCCAAAGGGUCUGAAUCCUUUAAGCGGUUUAAUCACAAUUCUCCACAAUAUGCACAAAUAAUGGUUUGAUUAGCUUUUGUUACAGUCAACUCUCUCUAAGAUGGACACUAUUGGGACCAUCUGCAACAUAUACUGUCUGUCUUAAAGAGGUGUCUGGCUUAUAAAGAGUGGAGGUAAUGUGACACCAUAAUAAAAAAAAAGCCUGAACCAAUUCGUAAUGAAUAACACAUCUGUUUUAAUGUGAAGGAUAUGAAAUAAUUCAUUUUUGAACUGCGGUUGUGGAUGAAAGUGAAGAAUGACCAUCGCAGUAAAUUUUCCAAUUUAAGCAAUUGGAAAGAAGAAGCCUGGAAAAAAAAAAUCAGGGCUUCAACGGGAUUCGAACCCUUGACCUCCGCGUGACCUCUGUUUACUUGUGCAAAAUGGUAAACAGCAAAGUGGACUAUGUGGAAUCAUUUUCUCAUUGUACAAUCAAACAUUCAUAUUUACAAGCUAACAUUCAUGGCCUUAGUGGUCUAAAAGUGUAACCAUAUACACUCUCAACUCAACUGGAAAGUGACUACAAAAUAAUAAAAAUGCAGUAUUUGUUUCUUUGAGCAGUGUGCAAAAAAAAUCAUGUCAGACAGGCUGGUGCUAGUGGAUUUUGCUAUUUUGCCAGUGAAUUCUAUUCUUAACUUGCCCAAAGGGUAAGUGAAGUUUCUUGGUGAAUUCAAAUUGCAGAAAAAUUGUAAUCAAUCCUGCUCAUCAAAAAUAUUUUUGGGCUAGUUAAAAUUACUUUUGGGUCAGUACAUGCUAGCUUCAGCUUGCCCAAAUGGCGAGCUGUAAAACUGACUUUUUUGCUUCCUGUUGAGUAACAGCCCUUUCAACUGUGACUGGUUGUUUCCCGUACAUCCUGUUCACGAACGCCUUUAGUCAUUUUGCUUACAUGUUUAAUUGUUAGGUUGUUUUGCUUAGAUGUAUGACUCAUGGGUUACCAUCAUUGUGUGGUUCCAGAAAAUAUCCAUACCACUCCCACGGAUGGUUCUUCCGAUUAGACCCCCCCACGCCCUCGGAAUUUCCGUUCCAGAGGGGUCAUGUGUAACCCCCCACCCCCCAGGAAUUUCCUAUUUUCCUUUUCAUGGCCUUUAUUUGCCGCAUUUAGAGAUUAUCGACCGUGUACUGCUUAAAAUUAACUGUUCUCAUCUUAAGACACAGUUUUUUUUAUAAUCUUUGGCCUAUUUGUAAUCUUUUACAAGACAAUUUGUAUUUCUUACAGAGCACGCUUGAUAAAAUGAGCAGUCUCUCUUUAGUCCAUCCAGCGAAACAGGCGAGGCACUAAAACAGAGAUUAAUAUGUUUAAGUCAUCUCAAGAAAACAUUUACAGCAUAACUUCAAAUUUGAACUAUUCAUUGAAAUAAAACUAUGCGAACAUUUUCGAAUUUCAAAACGAAUCUUCUUACAGGCAAAGUUUAUCGGUAAAUCUUCUGCUUCCGGUCCUAAAGUUGAAUUUCUGAUACUGUACCGUAAUUAAGUUUCAAUGAUGUACACGUCUAGUCUAAGUCAGUUUCAUCUUAAAAGCAACAUUAACAGCAUAACUUCAAAGUUAACUAUUGAUUUAACAUUAAACUGUGUGAAGGUAUUCGAAUUUCAAAACGGAUCUACUAACAACUCUGAAAACUAACUUACAAACAAAGUUUGGCCUCGGGUCCUAAAGUCACCACAAAGUCGAUGUUUGUAAUUAAUUUCAACUUUGAAUGAAUUACUCUUGCGGUUAAACAAAUUUCAGGAAUUACAAAAAAACUUAUUUGGGUUAUAAAAUAUGCAAACAUUCAUUUUGCGUCCCAUAUUUGCAUCGAUUCAUGUUCAGAAAUGAACAUCGGUGAAACAUGAUCUAUUUCAUCGCCUAGCACGUAAUCGAAAGUCUCCUCGACAAAGAAGAAACAGAUCGUUAAUAUUUUCGGGCAAAAGUUGAUUUGGCGAGAAGUCUGUUCGACAAACAGCUUGCCUUCAACGGUACUUUAUUAAAAGUCAAUAAUAAAAUACAGGAAAGCUCUCAUUUGGGUCAUCACGCAACGCUUUGUCGCGAUGAGCUCCGUGAAUGUCAACAGAAAUUUGCUUAAAGUUGUUUACACGAAGCUCGAGAAAUAUAGCGCCAAGAUAGCCGACGUUUGUUCUCGAUUGCCCUAAGUUUUUAUCACACUAAUCUGCAAUCGAGUCCGCACUCUAGAUACAUGUUCGACAUUAUUAACCGAUGCGCUAAAAUAAAUUCCCGGAGAAGCAAGGGACCCGUUGAGAAUUGCGAUUGAUUUGCCCGAAGGAUAGCCUGCGAAAACAUUCGUUUCUCCUCGCUCUUCGCCGAUGUUUAUUUAAAGACUUCGUCAAAGUGAUCGAAACGAAACAUUGGACAGACUGGCCGUUUAAUACAUCUAUAAGUUUUUUCUUGAAAGGGCAUCUAUUUCUGAUUUUUGUGGUAAUACAAAUCAAAAUAAUCCACAUAAACUUAAGUAUGACUCGUACGAUCGUUCGCGUCUUUUACAACCCCAUGGAAAAUUCUUCUCGUGGACAACCCCCAUACCCCUCGGAAAUUUCUACCCUUUAGCCCCCCCACCCGUUAGGAAUUUCCAUUGACCAUCCGUGGGGAGGGUAUGGAUAUUUUCUGCAACCACACAUUGGGUGUUAUCAACAUGUGUUUGUUGUAUUUUUUACUUAAUAAAUGUUUACAUAAGGCCAUGCUUGACAUCAAAUUGAGUAUGGUACUUAAACUAAAAUAUUCACAGUAGAUCAUCUAAGCGUCCUGAUUAACUACAGGCCAGAGUUUGCAGUCAAUCUUUAUUAACAGUCUUUACUUUUGCAUUUACUAGCAAUAUAUAAUGAACUUAAAUCAAAAGAAAGCUCAUUAUUCUGAGAUAACGCUAUUUAUCACAAAAUGAUUUGAUUCACAACUGUAAAUAUAUUAGUCAAAAUGAACCUUUUUCCUUGCAUCGAUUCUGGAAAUAAAGUACAGCCACACCAACAAGCUGGGCUCCGCAAUGUGACAAAUGCAAAUUUUGGCAGUGGUACGGGCCCAGGGGCCCCACUCACAUAUUUUAAUGACGAGGGGGUCCGACAGAGGUUCAUAUUUUAUACCCAAAAAAAUCCCAACUUCAGAAUUUGUGUAUCCAAAAAAAUCCCUACUUUUUUAGCAUACCCAAAAAAAUCCCUCAGUGUUUUUGCAUCAGCAAAUUUUAUUAUUUAUCUUCUGGAAAGCUAAAACAUGCCAACUUCAACUUUGGUUUUGGUCAAAAACAAAACUAUAAAUUGUGCUUAUGAUUUGAGCUGAUGAAAAAUGCAAUACCCAAAAAAAUCCCUGUUGGCCAAAAUGUCAGACCCCAAAAAAUCCUUCGGACCCCCCCGUCAUUAAAAUAUGAGAGUGGGGCCCCUGGGGAUACGGGCAUUGACUAAACCACCUACCACUAUCUGGCAGUCGUAUCCUUAAAACAGUCAAUUCUUCAACAUAAAAAACAAAACAGACGUAAGAACAGGGGAAAUUGAUAUAUUGACAUUUUUAUAUGUAAACUAGAUGUAAGAACUGAAAAUAAACAUCAUGCACCUGAUGUUUUUCUACUAGGGUAAGAACCUUGAGGAAAUUUUGUUCUUAUUCAUUGGGGAAACAAUCCCAAACCCUUCUAAGAUUUACCGGUAACCAAAAUGACUUAUAACAUGUUGAGGAAAUGACUUGUAACACAUUAGCAAAACGACUUAUAACACGUUUGCAAAACAGCCUAACAUGUAAGUGAAAUGACUUAAGAUGUUAGCAAACAGGAGGUUAAGGCAAAACAAGUUGUUGGCAGAAUGACCAUAAACCCUUAUAAUUCAUGCAAAACAAACUGUGAUAAAGUACUGUAAGUACUUAAGCAUAUGAAAAUCAGUCCAUCAUAUUGGUUUCCUUUUUGUGGGAUCAGUUGAAGUUCUAAAGGCUACAAGAGUUCAGCUAAAAGACCAAGACGAUAACUGUUUUACAGGUUGGCAGAUUCUCUCCAUGUGGUGUGUAGAAAUGACAAUAAUGGUUUCAAUUACAUCUGAGCCGUACGUGAUGAAUACUGUAUUUGGUUAAUUCCCCUAAUUACAAUUUGUCAUGUAGGGUACCUAAAUUUCCAUUUUGAGGUAUUUUUCACUACAUAAAACACUUCUUAAGUGUCCACUGAUGGUUUCAAAAGUGUUUGUUGUACUCUGUCUCGGAGAGGUGUACUGCUGUCUUGUAGAGAGCACAGUUACAGAUGAGUAAAAAAACAGCAGUGACCAACACCAAGAUGGGUUAGUGUCCAUCUUAUGGAGGUGUCCAUUAAGAGAGAGUUGACUUUAUUUUGUUUCAGUGUGGAGCAGAGAAAUGGUUAGGCCAGGGGCAAUAAGGGAGGUUCUUUGCACAAUUUACGAUAAUUAUAAUGAAUUCUGGUAAAUUAUUAAUAUAUAUAUUUCCUGCUUCAUGGGAUAUAACAUGGAUGUGUAAAAAGAUCUUGCCUUUUUUAAAACCUUAAGACAGAAUCCACCAGGAAAUUGAGUAAUUUUAAUUUUCAGUGGACAGAAACCUUGUAGCAGAAUAAUUCCGUGGGAUGCCUGUGGCACUCCCACGGUAAAAAUCCGGUUCGGUUGUACCCAAAAUUGCAAAGCCAGCCAAUAGGAUUGCGUAAAAUCUUUAUCGAUUAUCUCUUCUUCCAAGCCGACCAAUCAGAUUGUACAAAAUCUGUAUCGAUUUUUAAUCGAUUUGCUUCCUCUGAAGAACGUUGAAAUCAGAAUGUUCCUUGCCAAAUUUGUCGCGCUUGAGUUUUCCCACUCAUGGUUUAGGAUGGCUUGUUAACCAGCGAAAUCCUUUGGGAUACUGGCAAGUCACGAAAGGCGACCUAAGCCAAAUUAUUUCUUUCCUUCAUGAUUCUUUUUUGUUUAGGUCUAGCUUUUUCGUAAGGUUUUAGUAGCGUCUGGUUGACGUCAAUUGCGGGCCGUGAUUUCCGAUAGAUUUUUCUAUUUGGAGUUCGCCAGUUUUUGCUGAGCACAGCCAAAGUUCAGUUUUUUUCUUUUCUUAUCGAAAACACCUUGACGAUGGGAGGUUAAAUCGCGUAAAAUUCAACUCGUACCCUUGACGAUUGGCGUUGAAAUUGCGAAAAUAUUGUCCUCGCUGAUCGACGACUCGUUUUCGGCAUGGAUUGGACUUGUGGAUGGGACACGGAUCAGGACAUGAGUAAAUUCUUAUACCUUGGAAUCAGGGGUAAUCAUUGGAACUAUGUUAACUUUGAGACCUUGGAAACACAUUGCAAUUAAUUUUUAACCGCAUCAAGAGCAUCUUGGAAUAUUAAACUUUCAUCUUGGAUUAAAACAUUGGAACUUUAUCGAACUUUGUAACCCUGGGUGCGACCCUGGAUAAAGCAAGUGGAUGUUUUGUUUUGUUUUGUUCCAUUAACCUAGAUGGAACGCCAUUAUGCUUCCUUAGACCAACGCAUCCCACGGAAACGACUUUAGGCGUCUUGUUUAAAGCAUAUUCCAUUCCUUUUUAUAUUUUUCAAGGGCUAAAUAUGUAAUUAGUCAUGACCAAAUUAAGAAAAUUUCUUACGGGAGCCCAAGAAAAUGAAUAUCAAAGUUCACAAAAUUACAUCUUUCACAUUAAAUUUUCAGAAUUUUACGUGUGUUUUCACAGUUCUUGUGAAAUUUGACAUUCAUUUUCUCGGACUCCCACACUGGUAGCCCAAGCUUGAAACAUGAGCAUCAGCAAGCAUCGGCAUUGUUGCAUAACAUUCAAAAUAUAAGGAUUUGUAUCAAGAAAAAACCUAUCGUUUCUGUAACCUACGAAAAUGAAACGAUUUCAGCAAGAAACAGCUCACCAUACUUAAAAUGUGUGUUACGUCUCUCUAGUCCAUGGGCCAAUUUGGGGCCAUUUUGUGGGUUUUUAUGUAAACUGUUUCCUCUCUAUAUUUAAGGUUUACCAAGAGACUCCAGCGAAGUGGCCUGAAGGAUCCACCAAAGCAAAACUGCUGUAAAUUCGCUCCAUUAACGGCUCCAAUCGCCUCCAAAUUCUGCCUAGGUAACGCACAAUAGCUCUGCUUUCUAUUUGUGAUCUUUCUUCAAGACACAUUUGCACCGAGAGUGAAUCAGCAACCUCAACAGAACCUCGGUCUGAACUCUGUAUUACUGUUGAAAGAUAGCGACCUUACUUGAGACUCAAAUUACUCACACUUGGGGUGGGAUACAGUCUCUUGCUCCUGUUGUUUUCUUUCUCAGGGGUAUUGAAGUCAACGAGAGCAAGCUAGAGACUGUCUCCCACCCCGAGUGUGAGUAAUUUGAGUCUCAAGUUGGGUCUCUAUCUUUCAAUGGUAACACGGAGUUCAAACCAAGGUUCUGUCGAUGGCCUCAGACGGGAAGGUUUGCAGAGAUUGGUGACCUUUGAUUUGCUCUCAGUGCAAAUGCGUCUUGAAGAAAGAUUACGAAUGGAAAGCAGAACUAUAUGGUGCGUAUAUGGAAUUUGGAGGUGAUUGGAGACGAUGGAGCAAUUUACUGCCGUUUUCCUUCGGUGGAUCCGUAUCGUCCGCUUCGCUGGAGUCCCCAACCUUGGUAAAGCUUACAUAGAAAGAGAAAACCGUGUACAGUACAACCCACAAAACCACCAUAAAUCAGCCCAUGGACCACACAGGAGAGAUGUAACACAUUUUAUGUAAAGUAAGCUGUUUUUCAUUGAAUUUUUUUCAUUUUUGUAGGUCACGCAACAAUGCUGAUGCUCAUGUAUUUCAAGCUUGGGCUACAUCCGUGGUUACAUUUUGAAUCUUACUCACUGAAACCUAUAGACUUAAUUUUUUUCCAGCUGUAUUUUCUUUUCUGCCUUCAUUUUUGUAGAAUAAGAAUUUAUUAAAAUUAAAGUUUAGGCUAAAUAGGUUCUUAUGAAAAGGGGGUUUAAAAUGAAAAUUUUGGCGUAGCAGGUUCGUAAAUUUUAGGUUCUUAUAUGUGGGUUUUUAUGGUAUUUGAGAUUUUAGCAACCUAUGCAGUACCAAGCCAAAUUUUAACCAGAAAAAGGUACAAAGAGCAGCCCCUUCAUUUUAUAUAGAGUGGGUCACCCCCUUCCCACAGUAGCGUUGAGGGAAAUGCUGAAAAAAAAAAUUGAGUAUUUUGGCAAUUUUGUCUUUAGGGGGGUGUAAGGGCACAAAGCAGUCAACUCCCACAACUGUUGCCAAACCUGACUCCUCAACUGCUUUACAAGUGAAUUUAAAAUGUUUCCAUAGGGAGAAACCAAAGUUGCCAUGAGCUGUCAGUUUUAAUAAAUUAAUAAAUUCAAUAAAUUCAUAAAUAUAAUCAAAUAAUUAAAUAGCCCGGCUAGCACAAUAAUACAUGUAGACCCAGUAGUUUACAUUGUGUUCCAGUUUGCUUUUCUGAUUGCUUUAAUACCAAAAUAUUUGUCAAGGAUGUUUAUGGUUAAUCUGCAUGACAUUUCUCUCUUAAUUAAACUUAUACGACGCAACUGUUAACUUUUUUUCUUUUCUUUUUUUCCUUUCUCAGGUCAUCCUAGUUUACGGGUCUCACAUUGUUAGCUGCAAGCGAAAAACGCCAAGGCAUGAUGAAAUUGAAAGGGUGAUUAAUGAGACUUAUUCUGUGAUCUGGAAAUGCUCUGUUUCAGAGUGUCAUCCAGGAAGUGGAUUGAGUUUUCUCUGUGGUACUAGAAUCCCCUUCAGUGAAUCAAUUGAGUGUGUUUACUGUGUGAAAGGGGUGAAUUUCUCUGAUACAAAUGACUACUCUCAGUGUAAAAGCUGUAGAAAAUGCAGUCCACAUGAAAAGUCAUCAGGACAUUGCACCACCACAGAGGAUACGACCAGGUGUUUGAAAAUAUGCGAUACGGGUUUUUAUUGGAAUAAAAUAACUGACUCGUGUGAUCCAUGCAGUGACUGCUGUGAACAACCAUCCACACAUCAUGAGAAGCAGUGUGAGGAUUCUGGUCUUCCAGUGUCACAUCAGUGUCGACAAACCCAUGUCAAAUGUCAGCAUCGUAUGGUCAGCGUCAAAACUCCUCAACUGGUCCAUAAUGAUGAACAAAAUGGUCUUUCGUCUUCUAGUACUACUGGCAUCAUAGUUGGCUGUGUUUUAAUGGCUUUGAUUGUUCUUGGAUUUGUAUUUUGGAAAAAGUGGCAUCUUGUCAAGGCUAUUCUUAAAAGUUGCUGCUGCUUCAGUCAAGGAAAAGCAAACACUAUUUAUUUCUUACCCAACCAAGAAGAUGAGGAAGCUGACUUAGAAUCAGGCCCUUGCUUACCAGUAAAUGGAAGCGGGAGUGAUGUACAUUUAGGAGAGGUUUAUAAAAAAGGACUUUUGACAUCAGGUUAGUUCCAAACUCAUGUGUGCAAAAUCUUAAGCAAGCAGAGAUUCUUAGACCUGUUUCAGGGUAGAAUGUGUGGUUCUGUACUUUAUACAAAGGUGGCUCGACGCAGUAUUUAGCGUAGCAUCAAACUUGGUUGCCCUCCAUAUAAUCUAUUCACUAUUGUUUUCUCCCAUACGACAGAAUUACCAAAUUUCAGAAAGAUUUCAGAGGGCAACCCUAGCGCUGUAAAUUUCUUGCGUGCUGCAUGGGAAUUUGAUGUUGUACUAAACUCAAGACAAUAGGAAAUCCCAGAGCAAAAACUUAGCCAGAUCUAUAACAUCGCUUCCAUGUUUACCCAAUAUUGUGCCUACGUUAGACAACUCAAAAAGUUUUCAAUGGACACGAAAUUCAGGGAUUUUAUAGUACACUGGUCAAUUGCGGCACUGAAAUUUUUUAAAGAAAAUCUAUUGCCAAGUUUUGGUUUAAUCAUUGCAUUUUAGUGAAAGUGAUAAUAAGCAGGGAGGGGGAUAAACAUUCAAUAAAUUUUAAAAGGUUAAGAAAAUGAAUAAAGAAAAAACAAAUAGGAAUAAAAUCGUUAACGUUAAUUGGUUGGCAAAUUUGCAUCUGAAUAAAAUAAGAAAAAGGGGGAUCUGCGCUUUCAGGUGUUUACUCGCAAUUUUCGGGGGUCAGUGUUUUCGGGUCUUCGUUUUCAGGGGUCUUCGUUUUCGCUACAACAAAAUGGCACCUUCUGCAGAGCUAACAACAUCCAAGAGAAAUUUUAAGGAGCCUCCCUUUAUAUCAUAUUGCAAGAGAAAAUCCUUUAAAGACCUUCAAGUGAGAACAAAACAAUGAUCAUGUGGAUCAAUAUAGGAAUUCUUUACGAAUUUUUUUUCUGAUGAGUUGUUUUGGCCUUGCGUGUUUUCGGAUGCCUCACAUGGUGGCCUCGCAUGGCUAAUGCUGGCUUGCACACUGUACUUCUCCACUAUUGACAUACAGUGUCUUACUAUAAACUAGAUUGCCUCCAGUUUGAUUUUGGAAUUUCAGGCUCUGCACUUAAUUGGAUUGAAUCGUAUCUUUCUAACAGAACCCAGUGCAUCUAUAAAAAUGGCUUUCUAUCGAGUAAUUUUAAUCUUAAAUUUGGAGUUCCAAAAGGCAGCUGUCUCGGGCCAUUAUUGUUUUCCCUCUAUGCUAGCAAACUUUUUAAGAUCAUCCAAUCUCAUCUUCCUAAUCCCCAUUGUUAUGCCGAUGACAUGCAACUGUAUAUCGCAUUUAGAUCAGGAAAUUAUAUGGAGGAGACAGCUGCUAUAACUGCCAUGGAAUCAUGUAUUGCUGUUAUCAGUCAAUGGAUGCAUUCGGAUAAGUUAAAACUGCAUGAAUUCGGUUAAGACAGAAUGUCUUCUGAUUGGAACGCGACAACAACUUCAGAAAGUCAGUAACAUCAGUACCUUAUCGGUCGGGGACUCCUAAAUUGCUCCAUCAUGUAUAGUUCAACACCUAGAAACCUGGUUUGAUUCUAAAAUGAGUAAGCUAAGUCAUAUCAACAAAACUUGCUCGUCCACUUUCUAUUAUUGUUAUAACAUGCGUAGAAUUAGGAAAGAUUUGAGUCGUUCAGUCACCGAAUCAUUAGUUCAUGCUUUUAUAACCAGUAGAAUAGAUUAUUGUAACAGUCGACUAUUUGGCCUCCUGAAUUCACACAUCAUGAAACUCCAACGGAAACAGAAUGCCGGAGCUUGGUUGGUCACUGGAACACCAAGAUUCUGCCAUGUUACACCGUUGCUUUUCCACCUUCAUUGGCUUCCGAUAAGUUACCGUAUAAAGUUUAAGAUUCUACUUUUGACAUUUAAGUGCUUACAUGGUCAAGCUCCCAAUUAUUUAAUUGAUUUAAUUACUAUCAAAAAGCAAUCCAGGUACUCUCUAAGGUCAAAUGAGUCUAUAUUCCUCGAGUUACCAGGCAUUAAGACCCAUCCAACUCUUGGUGAUUGUGCAUUCCAGUCAGGUGCACCUUAUCUCUGGAAUGCAUUACCUUCGGCAAUUCGCAACAUGAAGACAUUAGACACUUUUAAGACUGCUGUUAAAACUCAAUUUUUUAGCUUUUAAUUAAUUGUUGGCUUUUACUGUAGGUUUUUUUUUAAUAGUUUUUAAUACUUUUUAUUAUAGUUUUCAUUAUAAGUUUCUCGUGCUUUAGUCACCUUUAACAUAAAUUUAACAUAACAUUAUUGUCAAGCGCAACCGAAUAUAUUCAUAUAGAGAUUUGCGCUAUAUAAAUGUAAAUUAUUAUUUUAUUAUUAAAAGUCAAUUCAUGGUGCAAUUAUACAUCUAUUCAUCUAAAACAUGUCAUAUAAUUUAUUGUUCUCUUGUGUUUAAUUAAACAUGUAUUUAAUGUUAAUUGUUGUUGUGCUGUAGUGUGCAAACCAAAUUAUUGAACUAACAUUUUAAGGUUAUUUGAAAAAAAAUGCAAGUGUUACAAUGUCCAUAGUCUAAUCCAAUGUUCUGAUCAUCAGGUGUGCCAGGUGCAAGCAGGCCAGGUUAUUAUAGGGGACUAUCUGUUCCCCCGGAAUCCAGAUCAGACCCACCAAAGGCCAAAACUGCAUUUCACAGGUCAAAGUCUCAUCCAGGUUGCGUUAAAGAUGAUCCAAAUGAAGGAACAUUGAAAGAAAAUGGUCUAAACAGCCCAAAGAAAUGUCACUCCAGUUGGAGAGAAAAGAAAUUUGCCAAGAAAGGAUAUAGUAAGUACAUUUUAUUGGCUAUCAAAAAACCAACAAUAAUCAGGAAACAGCGAGUUCUCCAAAAGAGAAUUUUGCACUAACACUUAUAAUAAUGCUAGCCGGUUCACUCUGGUCCUAGAAUCUAAGAAAUCUUACUAAGUCUGUUUGAUCAUGAAAACAAAAUCUAUGUCCAAAAUUUCAGUUUUAACGUUAUGCAGGUUUAAUGAUUGUUGCUAAUGUUUUCCUUUCUUUUCUCCCCAUUUUUUGUUAUCUGCAUGUAUAUCCAGCUUUUAAUAAAUCUUUAAUAUAUAAAUUUAGCCGGGACUAAAAGCGAAGCUCUGGUUUAUAAUAUUUAUAAACGAAAAAAAUUAAAUUGUGUAAUGCUAAACAGGGACGGCAGUGAAAAUGGCAUCAAAAUGAAUAGAUCUAAUUAACAAAAAAACAAAUUGCACGUGCAGCUACACCUUUUUGUCUUUCUUUGCCGUUCUUUUGCACAACUACAACGCUGUUUUGUACGACUAAAACACCAAACUUCCUAGUUACACAUUUUUUUUAUUGUCGUAUGUGCUUACCCCAUAUUUUGUUUCUUGUAUUUCUGGAUUUGCAGUUUGUCAGCAGAAAGUAACCAGAGAUACUGUGAAUUUUGUUUCAUUUUUACAAGUGUUUUUGACCUAUCUUGUUUAGUGUCAAGAAACUGAACAAGAUAGGUCAAGGUAGUGUGACAGUGAAACUGCGGUGAUGAAUGCAGAGACCAUUUGUCAGGACAGAAAUUUAAAGCCAUUUUAAAACAUGUUGAAAAAGCAAGACAUGGAUAAUUUUCAGUUUGGAGGAGAAUAUAUCCUUUAGGUUACAGUAUUUUCCAACAAGAAGUUGGGGAUCUUUUUUAGAGAUUUGAAGUUAAAUACUAGUAUUUUGCAACAGUAAAAUGUGCACAACAAAGCUGAGCAAGAUACUACAAAAUUUUUUGAUACUCAUGCAAUGAAUUCUAGUACGAAACCGUCAGGACGGAAACUGGCGAACCCAAAUUUGAGUUAUUAGUCUCGCUUGCAUAAGCAGCAAGACUCAUUGUGCCAGGCAUUCCUUGCGGAGACCGUGGAAACUGGUAUUAAGAAUUGUUGCAUGAUCAAAACCACUCAUGUUUUGCGAAGAAAGCUUAGGAAAUAUUAAAUUUAGAGCUUUUCCAAAACGUGUCGGUCCACAAAUUCUAUUGCUUGAAAGCGUUGAUUACUUUGGGACAAGUGAACACUACUGAGUGGUUGAAAAAAAAUAAAGAUCUUAAAGUAGGAAAACUGCGUUGGUCGGGUGUUGUAAAGUUUCAUUGUAUGCAAAUGGGUCUUGUGAUGAGCAUGCGCCUUAUUUUCAGCGAUGACUGAAAUGACGUGCCAUGUAAAUCACUUUUUUGAUCUCUGGCAAUGAUGUGAUUUCUCUGGAAUCGAGGCCCUUGAAUUUUCGUGGAUUUAUACACGCGUUAAGCCUGCAACCACAGACAUUAUAAUUUCUGGUUGUUACUAACACGUGCACUAAAUCAAUUCAGAAACAAAGUUAAAAAAGUAUAGUUAAUAGACGUCGAGAAAGUAGGAAGUAAAAAACCUUUAGCGAGUAAAUCCUGUUUCGUGUAGAAUUAAUCGCCUCCUCAUCUCUCGAUCUAAUCUCCAAGCAAGCAAGACUGAAUGCCGCUCAAUGAUGCAAGAGCGUUCUUGUUAAUUUAUAAAAAAAACCAGCAAAGAAUUGCCUAAUAUUAAAGUUGAGCUUUCAAUCACAGCAAAUUCUUUUUUAGGAUCGAGUAAAACGUGCUGAUGUGGUCAAUCUAUUUUUAGUUCCGCUGAAGGUUAGCAAAUAAAGUAAACACGAAAUGAAGCAAGUACAUUUUGAUUUCUACAGAAACCUUUAUUCACAAGAGAUAAUUGAUUUUUCAAUCAGGUGAGAGCUUUUAAACGAAAAUGGUAAGAGAAAUGUCCUAUUUUUGCCAAAAGAAAGUUUCUGGUGAUUUUAUCGAUAGACUUGCGUAGGGAAAGUUUCACACAAGUUCACUUUUCUAUGAAACUUGAUACUUCUAACAUGAGUAUCGGAUUUCAGGACAAACAUUUACUAUAUGUAAACAUUAUUUUUUAAAAACUGUUUUCAUUGUAGGAACAGGGAACAAAUUCUCUUUGGUUUCUGAGACUGAUUUUUUUAAAAAAAGAUAUUGGGAGAGUGGAGCUUCUUUUGAUUAUUGAGUUAACUUACAUUGUACUGAUACAUUUCUUAGUUUAUGCAUAUUAUCUGUCAUAAGCACAAACAUGACUGUGUCAUGAGAGUUACAAUGUAGCAUGACCAAAGUUUGUUUCAACUCUUUCCUGUUUUGUCAUCAAACAUUUAAAGUUGCAGUCUACAUUUGGAAACCCUUUGCAUGUUUCAUAUCUUGUUAAGAAACAUGAGUUUCUGAACAGAUAGUACUUGUAUGCCAGCCAAUUUUUAAAUGCAAACACCAACACAUUUAAGUUAACAACCGUUUAGAACCCUGUUUAAAUGUUGUAAUGAAUAUUUCUGGUAACAACUUUAAAUAGAAUGCAAAGUAGGAUACAGGAAGCAUAAUUCCUUUGAAAUAACCGUGGAACACAGCUUUAGAUGAUGUACUAUAAGAGAAUGAUCUACCACAGGGUGCCCACACAAUCUAUUUGUGUAACCGAUGUAAUUAUGGUAAAUGCACCAUAUUUACCGUUUGCUUCAUCUGUAGCGGUAUAUGCUGCUGGAUCAAUUCUAAAUAAACAAAGCGUUACCUUUCUUAUGGUAAAUUGUCGUCUUUUUGCCUCAUGAUCAGAAGUGGUAUUUUGAAUGAUUUUAAAGGAUUUUGAGUUAACGUCAUCUACUGUUUCUUUAAUAGAAACAGUAUGAACAGCAAACUCACAAUCCUUCACGUUUACCAUAAGAUUACAUCAGUUACACGAACAGAUUGUGUAGGUGCCCUGUGUAUCUACAUGCAUUGAUUAGCAGUAACCACAUUUUAUCACUUUAACUGUGUGUUACAGGGUUGAUUGUUUACAUUGUACCUCUUUAAAUCAAUAAAAACCUUUUUGAAAUAAACAGAACUAUUUUAUCCAUGCUUAAAUCAAUAGUGGCAUCAGCUAAGUAAUCAAAGUGGACAAAAAGCAUAUUCCAGAUAAACCUAUAAAUAUUUUUCAAUCUUUACUUUCUCUUAGUUGCUGUACCGACUGAUUCAGAUCUUCCUGAUGUUACAUUUGAGGGAACAGCUGAUAUGCCUAGUAUGUAUUUAGUUAUUGCUAUUCAACUUCAGGCAUUUCCACAACAACUCCAAACAGGAAGUUAAAAUUCAUUCAUUGCCCAGUAUUCCUUAGUAUGGGUGGGGAGGAGUUGGGGGAUUGGGGGGGGCAGGGGGGUUUGCAGAACAGCCUUACCAAACUUCUAUUCAGUAAAUUUCUUACCAGGUAUCAUGUUUUUGAGUUAUGAUAAUUUUACAGAUAUUUACUGAAACAUACCUUGCAGAAUAAGAUACAUGUAAGUCAGCCGUAAUUUGUUGAAACACUUCCAGAAAAAAAAAAAAACAAGAUUUACCGGUAGUUGUUGCCUUGGUUUGGUGUUGUAUUUGGGCAUAAACAUCUUCCAAAUCAACUUUGAUGGAGAAGGGAAGAAUGAGAAAUUCCAAAGGAUUUUCCACAAUUAUGACCUGGCCCCAGUUGUUCAAAAGGUCAAUAGCGCUAUCCAGCGGAUAAAUCUCUAUCCAGUGGAGAAUGCAAUUGGUUUCCCUAAUACUUAUCCACUUGAUAGUGAUUUAUCCGAUGGAUAGCGCUAUCCAGCUUUUGAACAACUAGGGCCAGGAAUUUAGCUUUUUGAGAAUAAAUAUGUUUGUCCUAGUAAACUCAUGAUCAUGCCAGCAUGCAUUUCUAAAUUUUACUAUGACAAAAGAUGUGCAACUGCAAUAGUGUAUAUAAAUUCCUAUUUACAACUUUGUCGAGGCAUGCAGUCAUUUAAGUUUUGAAGAAGUAGGCUUAGCAACUUUCAUGAAACAUUUGACUUUAUGACCUUUUAGCUUUGUUUUGUUGGUGGUGUAAGGACACCAAUUUGCCCCUCGCCGUCCCACAGUAAACUGUUUUGUGACUUCUAACUUAGAUCUUGAGCCUCAAUUACAACUUCCAAUCACAACAUUGGUCUACAACAGUAGAGUUAGUGUCCUCAUAAGCGAGAGUCUGCUGCUGUCAGUAUUAUCAGGGUUUCCAUUAUAGCGGGGUGUCCUAAGGAAGGGGGGGGGUUCUGAAAGCUAUUUUAAAUGCCCCGAGGUCCAACCCCUUACCUUUUUUAUAUAACAGUUUUGGCAAAAAAGGUUCCUCUUUUGUAUACCUUCUGUUUACAAAAAGGGGUACCCCUUUCACAUACCUGGGUUUAAUCCAUUUUAGCUGCUGUAAAUAAAUGCACUGUCUUUUAAAUAUGAAUAAAUCAUAAGACCAGAAUGUCUUGUCGACUUUCAAGCAGGCAUUAAAUACAGCUGUUUAAUACCCCUUUUUGCCCUUUUUUACUUACUGAAAUGACAGUUUUCCCUACCCUUUCAAUAUAGUUUUUAACUAGUUAAAAACCCUACCUUUCAUGUACCAUAAGCCUGAAAAGGGUACCCCUUUCGGGUGGAGCCUCCACAUGUAGGCCAUUAUCUAGAACACCCAGGUGGUGUCCGCAAGGCUAGAGUUGACUGUUUUUAGUAAAAAUCAACCCACCUUUUGAAGUUUAGUUGUCCUUUAGAGCAUUCUUAUCAGUUGUGAAUGAGGGUUUAUAUGUCAUCAUUUAUAGCAAUACAGUGAGUUAAGCACCUCUUCAUAUUUGUUAUUAACAGGAGAGAAUAAGCCUAAAAAUCAGUGCUCGUUCACUGUUGGGCAACAGCACCAAAGUACUUCAACAACAGGCCUUGAUUACAUUCAACACACUACCACCACAAUAGCAUCAGUGCCAGAGCAUUUCCAGAACAACCUCUUAACAAGAAAAAUGGAAAAAAUCCCAAAUAAGUUUUAUAGGAAAAUUUGUAUAAAGCUGGACAAACUAAGAGAUUGCUUUUGGGAUGAUUAUCGGUCGUUGGGUGAAGCAAUUGGUCUUGAAAAAGACGUGGUAUCGUACUUGGGUCAGAUUGGAAAUCCAACACGUCAAAUGCUGGAGAAGUUUGAUUCUCAAGAAGGUAGCUCCAUCAGGAAAUUUAGAGAUAUUGUCAAAAAAAUGGGAAGAGAUGAUGUUGUGUCUAUUGUCAAAGAUUGGAUUGUUGAUGAGUGGAUAAAGAGCAAUUAUUCGUUAUCCCAAAUGUAAGCUUAUGACUUAAGGGAAAGACUUGUUUCAUCAUCCACCAAAAUUCAUUCUUAAAUUUCAAUGAUGAUUUUAAAAUUGCACCAGCUGAAGGGCAUGGUUGAUAACCUUUCUGUAAUGAAUAAUAAUGAAACCCAGUAUGAAUUUUGACUGAAAAAUUACUUGUCAAAAAAAACAUUCUAUAAUUCAUACAAAUUCUACCAGCUUAAAAGGAUCUUGUCAUAGUGACAAGACUCUCUUUGUUUUCAUUUGAAGUAGGGAAGUAUCCAUUUAAUCAAGAGGUAAAAUUAGCUAUAGGCAAUUGUAGCUUACCUGGAAUAUGCAAAUUUUUGGCCUUUUGCCAUUAUAAUCAGCUACGCGUUUUCCCAAACACAGUUCUCCACUUUGCUCUGUAGAAUAUCUUUUGCCCACUUAGAUGUAUAUAUUUGAUAGAAUGUGGAAAGGGCAAUUUGUACACAACGAAUUUUUCAUCAAGAAACUUAUUUAAAUUGGUACAUAUUAUACAGGGUGAUGUAUGUUUUCUUGUAUGCCAUUUGAAAUCGCACCGUUGAUAUAUUUAAAACAGUUGUGCACAUGUCCUCGAGAGUAAUUUUUGAUACGGGUCUGUAUUUGCAUUUUAAUUUUUUAAAAUUUUGUAAAGAUGCCUUCUUUUUCUUUGGAGACGUAGGUAUUUCAUUUGGUCAUUCGAAAACAGUUUCAAAGCAAAUAUGCAUUUGUUCUCUGAAAAUAUUUCAAAAUAUUAUUCUCACAAGUCGCUCUUUUACGUUCUUUUUAAUGUUUUUUAUGACAAAUAGAGGAACCCACAGAAUGACAAGGAAUACUUUAUUCAAAAACGCUCCCUUUAAUAUUGUUAAUAAGUAAUUGGUAAUUUACCGUUUAGAGUUGUAACUUCUAUAUAUUAAUUCUACGAUUAUUAAUUAACUAAUAUUUAUUGCCUUAACAUUUUCCAAGGCGAUGUCUAAAUGCUGUUCAAAACAAAUUAUAUAUCUCUAUAAAAUCAUGUUAUAAUUCAGACCAGCAGCGAUGAGUUCUUCCUAGUAAUGCUGAAGUUAGCUUGUUCGUGAAUCACUUUAACAUACUUCCAAUUCUUUGAGGUCUCUUUUAGUAUAGUUUUGUUUGUUUUUCUUUCUUUCUCGUAGAUAUUAGCUUUUAUAGCUACUCUGAAAAUCCGAGGUUUAGAUAAAGGUGAUAUGUAUAUGAUUGUAAAUGCAGAACAUUAUGAAAAUGAACGUUAGAGUUGUGUAGCACGUUGCAUGAACUAUCAUUGCUGGUCGGAAAUAAUACAUGUCCUAUGGUAGUGGCAUUGUCACAAAGUUAUUUUGACUUAAAAGAUAGUAUAGCUUUCAAUUUAAUAUAAAAGGCAAUACUGAUAAUAUUUUUCUAUACUGGCCCAUAUAGAAACAUUAGAGGCAGUUAUCUCUGUUUCUUGUGUCCUGUACGGUUUUUAUACAUGCUUUAAAGCCCUCUCCAAACGGACGCAACAUUGUCGGAUGUUACUUGUUGCGUGCGUUUGCACACCCUGUUGCAUGUUGUCUAUGUGUUGUUUGGAGUUGUUGCACAAAGUUUGAAACCGGACCAACAAGUAUUAGGGCCGUGUUACCAGUAGCCUUCCCCGCAUACGUUCUUUUGGUUCGUCAGGCAGGAACGCGUGACCAACCCCUCCUAGGAACGUCUGCAUGAGAGGCUAUGUUACCGGUAACUAUUAUGUUUUUAUGUUUAUAACAUUUUAUGAGUUGUCCCAUAUUUUUUUUUUAAUUUGAUAAUUUUUAGUACGUAUAAUCCAAGUAGCUGUAACAACGUAUUCAAAUAUAUUUUUAAAGAAAUAU